CAUUUCAGCUGUCCUUAAGCAUGGUCACACUGAUGCCACUAAUAAUAACAAACUUUGCGUAAUUUCUUGAGACUUGCGAUUUUAAAUGAACAUGUUAACUUCGUUUAACAUAAAACGUGCUCUGUUUGCCUUAUCAGCAAACUAUGUGCGCCAGAUAUCCAAUCAGUUGCCAGCAGCGCCUCUAAACGAUGGAGAGCAAUCUGUGCAGUUGCCGCGUUAUACAGAAGAUCAGCAAAAUCGCAUCCUGGACGCCAUCAACGAGAACAGUGCUGAACAACUGCUAAAUUAUGACAUAACAAAGGCGCGCGUAAGCAAGCUAAACAAUUGGAAGGCACGAAAUGGACCACUGCGUCAGCUUGACGAUAUACUUUAUGUUGAGGGCUUCGGACUAAAGGCGGCAACCAAGUUCUAUAAGAGUCUGCUCGAGCCCGCAUCCAGUCGCCAGAACAGCAAUAAAAAUCAAAAGGCUGCGCGCACGGCACCGUUUAUAACGCCACCAUUGGAUGAACAGCAGCGUCAGGGCAUACAGUCGAGCGUUGGAGUGCGCAUUGGAGUGACCAGUGUUAGUUGGGCACGCCUGGAGCUGCCCGAUACGAAAUAUGCUCCUUGUGUACUCAGCCACUGGCAGCACCACGAGGUCAAUGAUAAGAAACUGCAUCUGGUCGAGUUGGUGCGUCGCUGUCUCUAUGUGGCGCAUCAGAUACCCGAGGCGGACUGUUAUGUUCUGGAGAAUCCUCAAAUGGCACAGGCCAGUAGCAAUCCGGGCAGCAUCGAUCAACAGAAUGUGAACAUCCAGAAGGCUCAGUUUACCGCCAUGCUUAGCUAUGCGCUCAUGGCGCGCUCUAUUCCCGGCGAGACGAAAACAAGUCUCUUUUAUUUGCGUCGCUUUCUUACGGCUCGUCUUUUCAAUCAUCUGGUGGGCACCGAACGUGUCUCUUCGGAGGAUACAAUUCUUGGCAUGAUGCGCACCUAUUACAAUAUGGAGGAGCAAUCAGUUGAGGAGGACAAGGAGCAGAUUAAUUUAUGUAAAGAAGUGCAGUUUCCAUCAGAUUUACGUUCAAUGUACUCCAGGAUGGAGCGCUAUCAGCGAGAGAUGCUCAGCCAGGCAUUCCUCCUGAAUUUGGCCUUUGUACGUCUGGUGCUGCUGCAGGAUCCAGCGAGUAUUGAAUGCGUGUCGCGCAACUCCAAAAAGCUGCCCAUCGAUCAGGAUCUAGAAUGAGAAAAACAUGCUUAUAAAAUAAAUUAAUAAUAUAAAUAUAUAAUUUACCUGUUAUAUAGUCGGAAAUUGUAACUGCAUUUUUCCGUUUUCAAUUGUUGAAAUUAAUAUGCCAUAUGAAUAUUAAGAUAAAGAUAAAGAGUAUGAAAAGUUCGACCAAGCCA